AUGUCCACCCCAAACGAUCUCCAGGCUCUGUUCGCGAGCAUCAAGCCGCGUCCCUCUCCUUCCCAGGAUGCACAGCCGUCCCAAUUCCCCCAGGGCUUGCGCCAGACCAUGCCCUAUGAGGCUCAGAACGGCUCUCAGCCGCAGCAGUCUCUUCAGCAGCAUGGUUACCACAAUCCCUCUGUCUCUUCUCCCAUCUUCAGCCCUGGCCCAACCAACACCCCGCCACACCGCAGCGCGGACGUCUUGAGCCCCAAUGUGUCAACCCCCCGAGGCGACCAGCGGCAACCGAGUUCUGAUCAGACGAUCAACCUUCUGAAUCUGUUGAAGUUCAAGCAGAACACGCCAACCACAUCUGCCACGCAAGCGCCGCAACAGCCAUCUCCAGCGAUGGGGUUGGGUCAGUCUAAGCCUCAUCCGACUCAGGAAACUGGGGGGGUGACGGCCGGAAGACGCACACAAGGACCAUCUCCGCCUCUGACCUGCACUGGCGAGGGAUCUGCGGCUGCAGACACCCAGGAGAUGCUCCUCCGUCUGCUAAACCGCCCCAAGCCUGCCCAGUCACCAGCAGAAGAGCCGGCGAAGCCCGCUCCUCAGCAGGCUGUAUCUACGCCACCACCUGUCAAGUCUCCCGAGGAAAAGCGUCCUACGGACGUCGAAACUACCAAACCCACAGAGUCUGCCGAAGCGGAAGGCAAGGAGCCGCGCAUUGUUUUUGGCUCCAGCGAGAACAAAGACUCCAUUCCCUUCGAGCCUCCCCAGCCGACGCCUCCCAAGGGUACGAUAUUCACCUACGUCAAUCCUUUUGAGCAGCUGGCAGCUGCUUCUCCGCGAAACAGGACCCCGCAGCCCAAAUCUCGCUCGCGCAGCGGCAGUCCGGCCGUCGAAGCGGUCAAAUCAAGGAAAGAAACCACUCGCGUCUCCAAUAAUCAGACAAAGGAGGCAGUGUCCACGUCGGAGACAUCCACGCAAGCGACACCUGCCUCGUCUGACGAGAACCUGAAACAGCCUCAGCCAGAGCGAAAGAAGGAGACUGUUUCGGAGGCUCUUGGCGAGAUGGCCGGGCAGCUGGAUCGAGAAGUGGACAAUGCUCUGAAUAGAGCUGACGAAAAGGAGUCGGCCCGAACAAAAGCAGAUCAGGAGAAACCGUCUGAGGACGGCCCUUCUGCUGCGGAACAGGCUCAAGCCCCCGCUGCUGAGGUGAAGAAGGAGCUCGACAAGAAGGAGAACGAGGUUCUGGAUGAAAUCGUCCCAGAGCCCUUCACAGAGCCUGCGAAAGAGGCUGCUGCAGAGGGGACUCUUGCCGACAGCUGGGAGAGUGUUGAAGACAGCGCCGAGAAGGAGGAUGAACGUGUUGUGCGCGUUCUCAACUUCCCUCUCAAACCGUUCAUCUCCAUCACCGUCAAGCCUUAUUCUGACAAGCUGCCGUCUCUUCGUGAUGAUGGCAUCAUGGACGUCGCCCGGCUGAAGAAGGACUUCGAUCAGCUCGACCGCUGUUUGACGUCUGCGACCUCGGAGUAUAUCGUCUAUGCUCUGGCAAAGAACGGAGGUCUGAGAAUCAUCCGUCAAGAUGAUGGACGUGAUAAGCAGGUCUUCCGUUCCACGCGCGACCGCAUAUUCAAUGUGUCCCUGUGCACCACUGCUACCACUUCUGCGACUGCUACGAAGGAACAGGCUGUCCUGGCCAUUGGCGUCAGCGGCACCGUGUACUGGGCUCCGAUCUUGCGGGGCGAUCAGGAUCUGUUUGAAAUGGAUGCGCUGGAGAGCGAGUCUCUCGUUUUCCCACCGUAUCCAGCAUCUGACGAGAACACUUCGGGUGGCCAGCUGAAAACGCGCGCCAAGCGAAGCUCUCGUCAUCCUGAAUUCUUCGGUAUCGGUCGCGGCAAGAACAUCUACAUCGUGCCACCGCACUUUGCGGCGACUGCCGCCUAUGGCGUCUCGGGGUCCCAGCGUACGGUCGAUACUGAGAAGUUCUUCAAGGAGCGUACGUUGAAGAUCUCCACGGGCAAGGCCGGCAAAGACUUUACAUUCAGCGAGGACGACACCGUGGUGGCGUCUCUGGACAAGACCGGCAGACUCAGGUUCUGGGAUAUACGGGAGAUGACCCCUACCAUCGAUACUGGCAGCACGCCCUCCGAAGUCCGGGUGCCCUUGAACACCUUCGUGACCGGGUCUCCUAGCGAGAAGUCCUGGCCCACGUCGGUGCUGUUUAUUGACAAGUUGCGACCGUACGUCAAAGGGAUUGCGUUGCGCUACGUUCUCGUCGGUCUGAAGCAGAACCAUACUCUACAAUUGUGGGACAUUGGACUGGGAAAGGCGGUGCAAGAGCUAAACUUUCCACAUGAGAACGAAUCGGAUGCCAUCUGCAGCGUCGCGUAUCAUCCAGGAUCCGGCAUCAUCGUGGUUGGGCAUCCUACGAGGAACUCGAUCUACUUUGUUCACCUGUCUGCUCCCAGAUACAACCUGCAGCCCAUGUCCCAGGCAUCCUUCAUUAAGCGCGCUCACGACAAGGAUGGCCACCUGCCGAAGCCGGAGUCUACUGCCUGCCUGAGCGGCAUUCGCGAAAUCUCUUUUGCCUCUAAGGGCCAACUGAGAAGCUUGGACAUUCUUCCGAUCAGCAAGCCUGCGGGCGCGCAACGCAACUUGGAGGAUGAAAUCGGGUUGUUCGAGCUCUAUGUCAUGCACUCGCGUGGCGUGACCUGUCUCAACAUCAAGAAGGAGGAUCUUGGCUGGACUGCCGACAAUAAGAUCAUCAAACCGGUGAAUGCGCUGGAGGAAGGUUACAUCGAGGUUACUGAUCUUCAGACGUUCCCCAGUUAUGUCGCUGACGAGCCAUCGGUCAACGGCGAUGCCGUCGCGACCCCGCAGAAGGGCGUUGUUAAAGAUGUGGCUAAGAAGACGUCCGAGCUUGGAGUCGAUUCACUCGGACCCUCACGCAAUGAGUCACCGGCGAAGGUUUCACCGAAGAAGGUCAGUGAAGAGCAGGUUGAGGUGACCACCACUGGUGUUGACAAAGCGGGGAAGAAGAAAAAGAAGGAAAAGGUGAAGGAAGCCAACGGCAAAGUCACUGCCGCCCAGACGGCCCCGUCAUCUGCUGCUGAAAUUCGCACCGCUUCGCCGUCGCGGGCAGCCCAGCCGACCAAAGACGAGGAGGCCAUCUUACCUGAGCAGGCACCUACCGCUGCAGCGAUGAAUGGUCCACCUGAGGCGGCCAGCCUUGGCAUCUCUGGCGACCUGGUCAAACAGAUCGAGAAAGGUGUCUCUGGUGAAGUGGUGAGAAAUCUUGGCCGCGAACUUGACGGCCUUCACAAACGGUUCGACGAAGAACGUCGCGCUUGGGAUGCAGCGUCGGCUGCCAAGCAGGACCAGGUGUUGCGCUUGGUGUCGAGCACUCUCUCUGACAAUGUCGAGAAGAACCUUGCUCGCAUCAUCUCCCAGAGCAUCGAGAAUGAUGUCGUGCCGGCCAUUGUCAACACUACCUCCUCGACGUUGAACAAGCAGCUGAACGAGGCGGUGUCGAAACAACUCAGCCACGCGAUUCCUCGCGAGUUGCGCCAGGCUUUGCCAGACACUGUCUCCCGUGCAAUCCAGCAGCCGGACGUCUUGAACACGAUUUCGGACAUGGUUGGUCGGAAGCUUGCAUCACAUGUGGAAAGCGAGUUUUCCAAGGUGAUGCACUCUUCAAUCACUCCGACCAUCAAAAACGCGGUCCUUCGUUCAACAGAGAAGCUUGGUGUGGAUCUGGAGCGCCAGGUGCAGGCGCAGCUGAAGCAAUACGAGGCCCAGCGUCAGAGCGACGCGGCCAAGAUCGACCAGCUGACAACUCUGGUCAAGGGCUUGUCGGACACUGUGGCCUCGAUGGCAGCGGCGCAGACGGGAUUCCAGAACGAAAUCUUGAGACUGAAUCGCCAGCUGCUGUCUGUGUCUCAGCAACACGUUGAGAGCGAGAGCCGACGGGCGUCGCAGCAGCAGGCUGCCCCACCGGCAGGUCCCAGCCAAGUUUUCUCUCCAAGGACCCCGGAGGAGACCGAGUUGGCCGAAAUUGCGCAGUUGAUGAAUGAGGGCCGGUAUGAGGAGGCAUCUGUGAAGUGGUUGCAAUCCUCCCAGCAAGCUGACCUGUUCGACAAUCUCUUCGUUCGCCUGAACCCGGCCUACUUGACCGGUCUGUCGCCGAUUGUGGCUCUGUCGGUUGGAGUUGCUGUCACGACUUCUCUCCAGACCAACGUGGCAGAGCGUCUUAGCUGGCUUGAGGUUGUUCUGCAGACCGUCGAUCUGAGGGACCCGGACAUCCGUGAGGUCGCGCCAAGAAUUAUGGACAUUCUUAUCCAACGUCUGGAGAGCCUUUACAUGUCUAUUGCCGAAAACAACCCGCAUGACCCUGUUGUGCGCCGGAUUCCGCCGCUCUCUCGUCGCGCUCGGGAGCUGCGCGGUCACUGA